AAGAGCGGCAUAAUUAUACUGAGGGCAACGGUGUGAAGGAUGACAAUUCUGCCUGUCCACCAAAAGGAGUGUGACUAGAGCAUAUAGCUAAUCACUUUCUCCAGAAGAAGAGGACACCUGCUGUUCCACCAGAAAAUAUAUGUCUACCGACACUAGGGAAACACUACCGAAGCAACCUUUUACCUGAUGAAACAAUAUGGCAGAGAUGAUGCUUGGGCACUGUCCCACUUGGUGAUUCUGUGCUAAUAAUCUGGAAGGCAAAAAUACUCACCCACUGGUGUGUUACUGAAGGUAGGAUGGCAUAUUGUCCAUGUGCUAGUGUGGUAUCUUUUAAAACUCCCAUUGUGCACUAUUCUAAAACAACAUGUCUUAUACUUUAAAGGCAUCCCCACCUACUGUAAGCAGUGCCUGUCAAGUGGAAUGCUUUAUCGCUAUGAAGAGUGGGAAAGCUGCCUCCAUAACUGCAAUGAUUGCGUCCUUCUGGAUUCACCCGUCUGCGUAACCAUGCAAACCCUUCUCCAGUAAGUUGCAUUAAAGAGCCACCAGAGGAUUUUAGUGGAGAAGUCAGUUUGGAGAUAUUUUGGAAGGCCGUGUCCAAGGAAAUAAUGCCUGUAAGAACGAAGGAAGCAACCGUUUUUAGUCUCGUUUAACAUGGAGAAGGUGUGUCCAGCUGUGCAGGAACCUCCAGAUGUGGAAUAUAAAUGUGAAAAGGGCAUCUCAGAAGAGAGAUGUGAUGAGGAAGAAACGAAGAAUCCCACACUGCACAAAGACCUCCUUCCCAUGCAUAGCACGGAGGAAGUAAGUGUGGACAUUAAGAAAGAGGACUGUGAGUGGGAGUCUGCACAGCUAAAACAGGAAAACGUUCACGUUAAGGAGGAGGAAUGUGAAAGGCUGGUCAUAGACAUUCAAGAAGACUCUGAAUUGAUGUCUCAAAGCAACCACAGGCAGAACAUUGAAAAUAUAAUCAGUUUAAAGAAAGAACAGCUCAAAUCAGAGCUUGACUCUCAGUGUUUUUGUCCAAAUGAGGAGGUACCUGAAUUAGGCUUCAUGCCAAGCAGUAACUGCACCCUACAGUAUCGUUCUGGCCAGAUGAAGUCUGAGUCAUUAAAAUCUGAUGUAAAUGGGACUGCAGAAGCAUCUGGUUCAAGCAACUCCGGAGAAGAUUUAAGAGACAAUGGCAGCUUUGUGUUACCUUCCAUCGAUCAGCUGUCUUUUCAGGGCAGAUCACAGGAGACAAUGAACGAUGAAGAUAUGGAGAAUUCAAAAUGUCAGUCAGAGAAUUUGAUUAACCCUUGCCUUCAAAUGCACAAUACAGAUUCACCCAGUCUCCACCCAGAGCAGAAGAAACAUCUUAAAAGGAAAUCUACAGACCGAGAUGGUAAUCAGAGCCAAACACAACAGCAGCUCAACUCUCAAUUUCAAAAAAACAGUACUGAGUCACCCACACCCACUGUCUACCAAGAGAAGAAGAAAAGCUCUAAAAGGAAAACUAAAUACAAAGGAGGUGGUAAUGAACACCAUACACCACCGAAGCUGUAUCAUUGUUCAGAAUGUGGCAAACAAUUCUCACGAAUGAACAAUCUUCAGACUCACAUUAGAAUUCACACUGGAGAGAAGCCAUAUAGUUGUUCGGAAUGUGAAAAACGAUUCUGCACCAGCAGCCAUCUUCUAAUACACAUGAGACUUCACACUGGAGAAAGACCAUACAACUGUUCUUACUGUGGCAAACAAUUCUCAAAUAGUGGCCAUCUUCGGAUCCAUACAAGAAUUCAUACUGGAGAGAGGCCAUACUGCUGUUCUUACUGUGGUAAACAAUUCUCCACCAGGGUGCUUCUUCAAACCCACACAAGAACUCAUACUGGAGAGAAACCAUACUCCUGUUCUGAAUGUGGCAAACAAUUCUCUGAUAGGAGCAGUCUUCGGAGACAUAAUGAAAUUCAUACUCGAAAAAAAUCAUAUUGCUGUUCUAAAUGUGGCAAACGAUUCUUACGAAUGAGCCAUCUUCAGAUGCAUGCAAGACUUCACACUGGAGAGAAGCUGACUGACUGUCCUGAAUGUGGCAAACAAUUAUGUGAUUGUAGCAGUCUUCAGAUACACACAGAAAUUCAGAUUGCAGAGAAGCCACAUUGCUGCUCUGAGUGUGGUAAACGAUUCUCCAACAGGAGCUAUCUUCGGAUCCAUGCAAGAAUUCACACUGGAGAGAAACCAUAUUGCUGUUCUGAAUGUGGCAAGGAGUUUAUUGAUGCAAAUAGUCUUCAGAAACAUAGUAGAGUUCACAGGGGAGAGAAACCUUACUGCUGUUCUGAAUGUGGCAAAGGAUUCACUGAUAGAAGCAGUCUUCGGAGACAUUCACGAAUGCACACUGGGAAGACUUAUUCCUGUUCUGAAUGUGGUAAAGGAUUCUCAUGCUUGAGCCAUCUUCGGAGACACUCAAGGAUUCACACUGGAGAAAAGCCGUAUCGUUGUUCUGAAUGUGGCAAGCAGUUCUCCCAACUGAGCAACCUUCAGACACACACAAGAAUUCACACUGGAGUGAAGCCAUAUCACUGUUCUGACUGUGGCAAACAAUUCUCACAAAUGUGCAAUCUUAAAACACACACCAAAAUUCACACUGAAAAGGAGCUGAGCUAGUAUCAAACAUCUGCUUAGUAGUGAGAGCAGAGGUGGAAAACUGAUAACCUAGAAAUGCAACUGGAGAUACCUGGAAAGUUUAAUUUGUAUGUUUCAAUGAGAUGCAGAUGUUAUGUAUUCUGUAACACAAUGGCUAUUUUGAAAUGCUCUGUGUGAGAGUGAUAUAAUUUGUUCUAUUAAACUGUGGUACUAAGAUAUGUGUGUACCACUUGUGUGUGCUAUCACACUACAACACUACUGUUACUGAUUUUCAUUGUUUUCAAGGGUGCCAGUUAGGCCCAUGUCGCUCUACAGUUUUCAUUUGAUUCUUGUUGCAUGACCUUAAGGAAAAUCACAGUAAGUUGUGGAAGGUGGCAGUGCCCAUCUCUUACCGUCACUUUGUAGUGCAACAUCCCCAGUCACUCGAGCGCUACACCUCUUUGUGACUCGAUAACAUGAAGGCAAUGUUUUUGUUUUGUCAUGGGUCUUAGGAGUUGGGGUCUUCUGUCUGCAAGAGUUAAUGGUCAGCAAAUAAUAAAACCAGACAUGUAUGUGCGUAUGUCUGUCUGUCGGCCUGGUUGUUUUUAUAUAACUUUCACUUGCUGCCUAAUGUGUUUCACACUGCUGCUACACACUUAAUUGUCUUAAGGGUUUGAAGUGUGACAUUCACCAACUAGUGCGUUUACAUUCAAACUGGACCAUUCAAAGGAAACUUCUACAUGUUGAAUCAUACACUUAUACAGUGGCCACAUUCAGGACCGUAAUGUACUUGAGCACCAGUCUGCUGUAGAUUGCCACGCAGCCUCUUUCACUAUCUUAUUAGUGAUCACCUUUACAGAUUGACUGCUGAAAAGACCACCACUGUCUCUCUGACAUGUGCUUCUGUGUUAUGGCAAUUAAAUAAA